CUCGACAACAGGUUUCGCACAAGCUAAAUAAGAUUCUUAACAUUUAAAAUGUUUAAAAUUAACUACGUAUUGUUAAUUAUUGUUUUAUCGAACUGUGUUGAUUGUAAUGUUUACAUUGGGAAUGGCAAAAUGAAACAAUUGUACGCUUGGAAGCAAUUAGGAUACGAUUUUAAUGGAACUAAAUAUCUAAAAGAUGCAGACCACAUACGCUCGCCCGGAGCGAUACAUUUCGUCCAAGAGCUAGGAGACAACGAGAAAUUCUUUAUACAGUACAAUAACGUGCCGACAGGAAUCAAGUUUGUCGGAGAUCUGCUAUUUUUGACGGUCCCAAGGAGGAGAUUUGGGAUUCCAUCGACGUUAAACUACAUAGACAGGAGACACAGUAAAAAACUGGAUCCACUUCUGAAGCCUUAUCCAAAUCCAGAGGAGGUCUCGUCUCUGACAUCGGUAUACCGGACUGCGAUCGACUCGUGCGCCAGACUGUGGAUGGUGGAUACCGGACUGCUAGAGGUUCCCGGUGCGAGAAGACAAGUGAAGCCACCCGCGAUCCUGGCUUACAAUUGGCUGACACAUAAGCUGGAUUUCAGAUACGAACUGGAUCCGAAGGUAUUGGUUAAUGAGCGAACUCCUGGUGGUCUGACGUCGCUUACGAUCGACGUGGAGCCGACUGCAUGUGGCGAGGCGCACGCCUACAUAACGGACUUGGCGACUAAUGGCCUGAUUGUCUUCUCUCUGGGAGCCCGAGCUUUCUGGAGGAUCGACCACCCGAGCUUCGUUCAUGACGAGAAAGCUUUGAACUUCACCGUAGCGGGCAAUGUCAUUAGCUGGAAAGAUGGUUUGUUCAGCAUCGCCUUAUCCGAUGUCGGUGGCAAGAGAUUGGCAUACUACCAUCCCAUGGUGUCGACUCACGAGUACGCCAUAGACACGGCCGUCCUGAAGAAUGGGGGAGCUGACUUCGACAAGGAGUAUAAAGUGUUGGGGAGCCGUGGUCCGCUGUCCCAGAGCGGGAUACACUCCCACCACGCAGCGAGUAGUGUAUUGUUCUACGCGAAUGUCGCCCGGGAUGGGAUCGUCUGUUGGAACACGAAGAAACCGCUCGUCGAGGAGAAUGUCGCUCUGGUCGUUCAGGAUCGAGAGAAGCUGCUCUAUAUCACCGAUUUAGCGAUAAGGCAGAAUGAGCUUUACGUGUUGGUCAAUAAAAUGCCAGUUUUCGUCUUUUCAAUGUUGAACAAAGAAGAAUACAAUUUCUUCGUGCACAGCGGACAAGUUUACGAUCUAAUCAAAGGAACUGUUUGUGAUAAUUAAAUGAUUUUAUUUAUUUAAUAUUAAUGUUCACUUCAAGAGCACAUCGUCUAGAUAUAAUUGCGCGGAAUUCGCAUUAGUCGCGAAAUUAGAUUAAGAAACUUCUCAAGAAAAAACAGCGCUUACCGAUCCCAGAAGUGAGAUACACAGAAUAAGACUUGAUUGAAUAAA